CAACUACAAAUAUUUCCAACCUACAUAAAUCCGCUCUCGCAGAACAAUGAAAUAAGAUCCAGUCCGCUCAGCGCGCCGCUCGAGUAUCGACCAUGAACGCUCUUCGCACUGUCCAAUACUUUCUCAACCGUCUCCUCCCAUUCACCACACCUGGUACGCCUCUCGUGCAGGACCUGGUGCAUACCAUCGCCCUCUGCGCCUUUCUCUACUUCGCGCCGCACGUCCUCGAAAACCGAGCAAACCGGCAGCAAGAUUCAUCUUCCGACAUUCACGAUGACAACGCCGUUCCCGAUGCAGCGCCUCCGCCCCGCGCAGACCCGCAAUUUGAGUCCGAAGACGAAGACUUCGAAGCCGACGACGGCGAGGACAUAGAUGCUCUCCCACCCGCUCAGGCUCAAGCGCCCUUCCAAGCGCACGUCGAAGACGAACCCGCGCCAGGCGGCGGCAACGGCAACCUCGACGAUGCGCACGCGCAGCCCGGCCCCGCCGAUGCAGCACAGCGCCACGCCAGCCAGCAGACGCGGCAGGUCGGCGCCAAGAAGGCCAAGUCGAUAGCGCGGCGGGAUCAGCGGCGGGCGUAUCACGAGUUUAUGCGGUCGCAGGGCGAGCAACAGCGGGCACGGGAGGCGGAGGGCGCCGAGGAGCGCGAGGCGGAGCUCUUUGAAGAGAAGCGGCGGCGGGCGGUGGCGGAGGCGGCGCUGGAGGAGCGGGCGAGGGCAGAGCGCGAGGCUAAAAGGGAGAGGGAGCGGAAGGCGCGCGAGGAGGAGCUGAAGGUGCAGAGGGAGGCGUUGAGGUUGGUGAGGAGUGGGUUGGAGGAGAGGGGAGGGGUGGAGCUUGAGGAGGUGGUGAGGAAGGUGGGGAGGAAGAGUGAGGGGAGGGAGUGGUUGGAGAAGCUGGUGCGGGCGGAUGGGAUCGUGGGUGCUGGGAAAAGGCAGGAUGGGAGUGUACGCAUGAUCACGGCUGGUGGAUGGGUGGUCAGGAUUGGAGAAGAGGAUAUGGCUGCGGCGUGGAAGGCGGUUGCGGAGAGGCAGACGGUGAAUAUCUCGUAUGCGGAUCUGGGAGAGGCGCUGGAGGGAGUUGUCAAGCGGCGCAUAAAAGCAUAGACUGACGCAGAGAUGCAUUAUGAUUGAACUAGACUAUGCACAUGUUUGUCAUCCCUGUGGAGGGUGUUGAAUCUCUGGGUACAGACAGCAUUGUCACAUUUUACUUCGACUGCAGCCAGGCAAGGCGUCCUUGCAAAGUAGUAUUAUCUUGUGUAUGGAUG